ACUCUAUUUCCCAGCAUGCUUCGCGCCCCUCGCCUCUGGCUCCCGGCAUACCCCGCGCCCCGCCCCCCCCGCAGCGUCGGUUACCCGUUGCCACGCCGACAGCCGCGCUCCGGCUCGGGACGCAGGCCCGGCUCGGGCCCCGCCGCCAUGGCCGGGAAGGGCCCCGCCAGCCCGGAGCAGCUCUUCCACCCGGGCAGCGACAGCGACAGCGACCCGCCCGCGCCCGGGGCCAGGUCCCCGCCGCCCCCCGGGCCGGGCGCGGCGCUGGGCGCGGGGCUGGCGCGGGCGCGGGGCUGGCUGGGCCGGUGCGGGGGUGUCCGGCCGUGGCCGCGGCUCCUGGACCCGCGCCGCUUCGCCAAACCGCGGGACGCGGCGGAGCUGGGCCGGCGCGUCACCCGUAACGCGCAGCGUUUCCACGGCAACUACGCGUGCGUGGCCGCCGCCCUGGCGCUCUACUGCCUCAUCACGUCCCCGCUGCUGGUGGUGGCUCUCGCUGUCUUCCUCGGCGCCUGCUACGUCCUGCACGUCCGAGCCCAGCAGGGGCCACUCGUGGUCCUGGGCCGUGAGCUGAGCGCCGGGCAGCAGUAUGCAGUGGCCGGAGGUGUCUCCUUCCCCCUCUUCUGGGUGGCGGGGGCUGGAUCGGCUGUCUUCUGGGUUCUGGGCGCGACCCUGGUGGUCAUUGGCUCUCACGCCGCCUUCUACGAGACCGAGCCGGCCGAGGGCGAAGAGCUGCAGAUGGAGCCUGUGUGAAUUCCACUCCCAGCGGCCCCUUCUGCCCCCCAAGUCUGCCCCCCUAUGUUGGCCUCUCCUCUGUCCCACCAGCUCUUUGGAGCCCCCUUCGCUGCAGCUCUGCCCCCGCUCUCCCAGUAGGAGAACCCAGGUAUCUGGGCCUCCCCACUCCACGGGAGGCCUCUUGAUGCUAAUAAAGCCCUUUUGAGUGCGA